AAAAAUAUGAGCGGAAAGUAAUAAAAAGAAGAAAUAAACAGGACCUUCUGAGGGUACCUACAAAACGUUGGCCACCAUUUGAAUAUACACUUGAGGCGCCAUAUAAUCUAACCAAAACCUAUUACAUUUAUCUACGAUCAACUUCACAAUUCAGAAAAAGGAGUGCUAGUUUUAAUAAAUUAUGAGUUUUUGUUCUUAUUUUUAACUGCAAGUGUUAGUAUCUAGGCAAAGAGCUUAGAAUAAGGAAGAUACACUGAACCACGAACUUUUGGAAAUUCAAUUUCUCUGUUAGUAUUUUUUGGCUGUAAUUUAAACAAUAUUGGCAAGCCCGUGCAGCAAUGCUGGAUAACGAUAAACAUAAAGAACAAACUAAUCAGAAUAAUGGGGUUGUACCUGUAUUUCAAAAAAAGAGGAAAGGUCGGGAUAGAGAAGGUCUGAGACGAAAAAAACCGAAUGUUGAAUCAAUUACUUCAAACAAGGAUGAUCAUUCCGAUGAAGAUGAGGACGAAACUGAAGACAUUCGGUCUAUGAGGGACUACUUAAUAUCCCAGCAAAAAAAACAAACACGACUGGUACCUGACGUAUCUUCGGAUCACUACAAUAAGAAGGAUGAUCAAAAUCUUUCUACAUCUAAAGAUAUAAACGUAGAAUACUCUGCAAACUUAAAUGUACAUGGAGAUGACAUGAACACGUCCACUGUUACUAUCCCUAACGAAUCUUCAAAUGAUGAAGAUAGCAUCGGUUCUAAGAAAGGUACAUUAUCGUCAGAUUUAUUUCAGUCACAAAACGAAUAUUCAAAAUUUUUACCUAAGAAGGAACCGAUAAGUAAGAAAGCGCAGAGUGGACCGGUUCGUCCUUCCCCGUCCUCCGCUGCAAUCCGUACAAUUACAGUGAUAGAUUACCAACCAGAUGUCUGUAAGGACUACAAGUUAACAGGCUUCUGUGGCUAUGGUGACACCUGUAAGUUUUUACAUAUGAGAGAAGAUUACAAAGCGGGUUGGCAAUUAGAUCAAGAAUGGAAUGAAGCACAGUCCAAAUUCCGUAAGGGUAUAAGAAAUGUCGAUGGUGUUCCAAAAAAUGAAAAAGAAGAGGAAAUUCCAUUUGUUUGUUUAAUAUGCAAAAAGGAUUACAAAAACCCGAUUGUAACAAUUUGCAGGCAUCACUUUUGUGAGAGUUGUGCCGUAGAACAGUACAGGAAGUCACCUACCUGUGUACAGUGUGGUGCAGAUACUAAGGGAUUAUUUUCCAUUGAUAAGCAAAUGAAUUUGCUUUUGAAGAAAAAAAACCAGGAAAAGGACAAAAAUGACCAACCGAAGGAGAUUGAUAAGUUUCAACCUAUAUCAAAGGAAAACUUGGUUGGGAAUGAUAAAGUAACCCAGGAAGAGCAGGAUAAGAAGUUUGGACAACCAAAUUUUUCAGAUACUACUAGUGUCGCUUCCGUAGCUUCUAAUAAACCAAGUUCAAGGUAUUCACUCGUUGAGCUAUCGAAUGAUAACAUCAACUCAUUUAAAAGGCUGAAUCAAGUCGUUUUGAAUACAAAUUAUAGCGAAACAUUUUAUAAGAGCAUUCUAAAAGAUAAUGAGCUUUCCCGCGUGGCUUUAUUUGAAAACAAAGUUGUAGGCGGUCUGAGUUGCAUCAAAAAUAAAGACGAAAUACUUUACAUAGCUACGUUUUCAGUACUAGCCCCUUACAGGAAUUUAGGAAUUGGUUCAGCACUUUUGGAUUUUGCAAACCGUUCAGCCCGCAGAUUAGCUUAUAAUGCAAUCACUUUACACGUUCGGUGUUCGAAUGAAGAUAGUGUCAAUUGGUAUACUCGGCGUGGUUUCAACAUAAUUGAACGGGUACCGAAGCUUUAUAAGCGCUUUGGUGAUGGUGAUUCUGAUGCAUUUCUUAUGAGACAUGAUCUGAAUAGUCAAACAAACUAGCUAGUAUGAUAAAACAAUAUAA